UCGACGUUGAAGGACGCAGAUCCUUGAGUAGAAAUACGUUAAUUAAAAAUUAAGAAAUAAAAUAUCUGUGCUCAAUUUCACUAUAGACGAAAAAAAAAAACAAAUAGUUCUUCGUUCAAAAUUAUUGUGAUUAGACAAAAUAGUGAGCUAAAUAUGUGCAAAACAAUUUUCCAUAUACAUAAAUUAUUAAUUCGUGACUACAAAAACUAGAAACCAUGGUGCAAAAAUCAAAAAUGAUUGAAAUACUUUUAGUUAUAUGUGUAAAUGUGGUAACCAUUUUGGCUGCCCCGUUGCGAUCAAGUGCGCAAGAGUUGCAAGCGCAUCUAUCGCCGCUCCAACAACAAAUGUUGGCGCUGCAACAGAUGGAGAUGUUGAAUAGAAUGGCUGCGAAUUCUCCUGCUUUUGUGAAUCCAACACCAGUACUACUUUUACUACCAAAUAUUCCAGCAAUCCAAAAUAUACACGACAUUGCCGUCAAUCCUAGUGAAAUAAGUGCCAAAGAGUAUUUAAAACAUAAAACGCCUACUGAAAAAGAUAGCGAAGAUUCUGUUGUAAUUGAAGCUGAAACGGAAAAUAUGAUUACAGAAAAACUAAGAACUAGACCAAUAUUGCUGUUACCAAAUAGAUCAAGAUUUUCUAUAGGUGGCAUUAUAUCUAAUAUACCGUGGCUGCCAAUUGAAGUAAAUGUACCAGACUCAAUAUCUUGGAUAUACAAUGGCAUAGCUGGAAUAAUUUCUGGUAUCGGACAAAGACUUCCGUUCAAACGUCCUCAGAACGCCGAAAUGACUCAAGAUAAUAAUAUGAAAUUACUUCUAAAACAAUAUCAGAUGCAACAACCGUCAAUAAAUAUAUUACCAAUUGUAAUUGUACCUAUAGAUGCGCCAAUUGUCGAAUCUUGA